GCAGCAUCUCAAGCUCCGAUGUCGACAUGGGGGAAAUGAGAAUCCAUCCCACUUCGCCUUUGUGACAGUCCACGUCCCCGUUCUCUUGACCCUUUCUCGUCACUCCUUUCAACACAAUUGAAAAACCUCUCACACCCUUGAAUUCACCCUUCAACACCCAACACAAUGGCAACCAACAUCACCUGGCACCCCGGCCUCACGCGCAAGGAACGCAGCGAGCUCCGCGGGCAAAAGGGAGCCACCAUCUGGUUUACGGGUCUGUCGGCUUCAGGCAAGUCGACAAUCGCCGAAGCCCUCGAGCAGCAUCUCCUCAAGCAAGGUCUCCAGACCUACCGAUUAGACGGCGACAACGUCCGUUUCGGCUUGAACAAAGACCUGGGAUUCUCUCCUAAAGAUCGCGAGGAGAACAUUAGACGUAUCGCAGAGGUCGCCAAACUCUUCGCCGACAGCACAGCCCUCGCCCUAACCUCCUUCAUCUCCCCCUACGCCGCCGACCGCCAAUUAGCCCGAGACCUCCACGCCUCCACCAAAAACGUCGACUCCCCUCUCCCCUUCAUCGAAGUCCACGUCGACAUCUCCGUCGAAGACGCCGAAAAGCGCGACCCCAAGGGUCUCUACAAAAAAGCUCGCUCGGGAGAAAUCAAAGAAUUCACAGGAAUUUCCGCACCAUAUGAAAAGCCCGAGAAACCAGAAAUUUAUAUCGAUUCGGUGAAUACGAGUGUGGAAGCUGCGGUGGUGCAGAUUACGGAGUAUUUGCAGAAGGAGGGGUUGGUUCCUACUAAGGCUUAGAUGAGAUUUAUGUGUUAGGGAGAUUUUUAUGUGAUGUGAUGAGAUGAGAUAUACGAUGCAUGAAAUAGAGAAGACAGAGAUGUUGGUGUAGCAUUUCACAACAAGUCGUUUUCAAGGUCGAAUCGAGUAGCAGGAAACCCGUGCUUGAAAAAUGGUUGAAUGAAUGCGCCAUU